AUGGAUGCCUCAUUUUUAACAGACGGCGACAACAAUCAGACCUACGCUGAUGAGCAUCUUCUCUACGAGGGCAAGAUGGACGGCUUUGGCAUCGCCAUGGCUGUACUCUACUUGGCGGUUUGCAUCCUGGGCCUCGCCGGGAACUCCCUCGUCAUCGUCGCCAUUUUGAAGUUGGACAAAAUGUCGUCGCCCACGACGGUGUACAUCUUCAACCUGGCGCUGGCCGACGGACUCUUCAUGGUCGGCCUUCCCUUCAUCGCGAGCCAGAACUUCCGGAACUACUGGGUGUUUGGCGACGCGGCGUGCAAACUGGUCAUGGUGCUGGACGGCAUCAACCAGUUCACCAGCGUCUUCUGCCUGACGGCGAUGAGCCUCGACCGCUACAUGGCUCUGGCCGACCCGCUGCGGUUCGCCCGCUGGAGAACUCCGCGCAGCGCCAAGGUCGUCUCGGCUUUCAUGUGGCUGUUCUCGCUGCUCACCAUCCUCCCGAUGGCGCUCCACUUCUCGGCCGACGGAGGCCUGUGCAUGCCGUACCUCGUCUCCGAGGCCUGGUGGCUCGGCGUUCUGUCGUACACCUUCGUCCUGGGGUUCGCGCUGCCGUUCACGGCCAUGACGACGUUCUACGCGGCGCUGCUGCUCACCCUGAGGUCCCAGCGGCUCCGGGCGAACACGCCGCACAACCACGAGAGCCAGCGGCUGGAGCGGCAGGUGACCAAAAUGGUGGUGGCGGUGGUGGUGGUGUUUGGGGUUUGCUGGCUGCCGUUUUACACGUUGAACUUCUACUCUCUGUAUCAAACCGGCCUGGUGCUGAGCUUCACCAGGGCUUUCGAUUUCGUGGUGCUGCUGUCGUACUCUUGGAGCUGCGCCAACCCCAUCCUCUACGCCUGCCUCUCCGACACCUUCAGGAGGCACUUCCGCACCCUCGUCUGCCCCGCCGCCAAGUCGCCUCCCAGCAUGCACUGCAACACUGAACGGUAUGACUUAAGUGACACGUGUGUGCGGGAUGUGACCAUUCUGGCAUAGAGACACUACAUAAAAAAACCUGACUCUAUA